AUGGUCUACACAGAACCGCCAAUUCCCACGUCCGCCAUUCCAACCUUCGCCAAUCCAUCCGAUGCCCAGGAAUGGACCACCUCCGUCUUCCUCAACGCGCAAAUAGCGUACGGUCGCUUCACGGAAUCCCUCGGCGAGCCCUACCAGUCCUCUCUCACGUCCGCGCGCUCCGAAAUCGACGCCUUCGUUCGCACCGCCUCGAAUUACAGCAUUCCGGCUGAAGUCACCAUGGCCGAUGAGACCCCCACAUACUUCUCCAAGCCAGAUUGGUAUACAGCCCUGCCGAGUGCGGCGAGGUCGUUCAAGGAACAACAGGUCAGCGAUCAGUUCAGCAUCGUGAGGAACGUUAUUGCGGCGAGGGCUACCUCUACGACGGGUUCCGAGGGAGCCGCGAUGCCGACUGCACUUGCUGGACAGUGGCUGGGGGCUGAGUUCGGCGUCAUGGCUGCGGCGGCUGCGGCUGCCUUCUUCAACAAAGAGUCCAACCGUCUUUCCACAAUGUCGACUUCCGAGCCAACCCAUACACCACGAUUCCGUCCCUUCUCAGUCCACGUCCACCCCAUUCCUCCGACCGAACCAAAGACAUGUGCAUACGAGCGCCGCCAUUCCAACUCUGCCAAGUGCAAGAACGCCUUGGUCUUCAUUGGUGGGCUGGGCACUGGUCCGCAUACAACCCCCUACCUAGGACCUUUGAAUGACGCCUUGGAACGUGCGAGUUUGAAAGAUGGAAACGGCGUGCGCUAUAGUAUUUGGGAACUGAGAAUGCGGAGCAGUUAUACAGGGUUCGGAUAUGGAAGCUUGAAGGAGGAUGCUGAAGACUUGAAGGAGUUGGUGCAGUAUCUGAAAGAGAUUGGGAAGGAAAAAGUUGUGUUGAUUGGAAGUUCAACUGGAUGUCAGGCCAUCAUGACAUACGCAACUACCCUGCCAGCGCCUCCCCUGGUUGACGGCUACAUCAUGCAAGCUCCAACUUCAGAUCGUGAAACAGCUGGACUGCUCAUGCCACAGGAUCUUCUCUCCGCUAGUCUCAAGCACGCCGAAGACCUCAUUGCGAAAGGAGAAGAAAAGACUAUCAUGUCUAGCUCCUUCAUCCCACCCAUUAUCACAUCUCCGGUAACAGCAUACCGCUGGCACUCUCUAGUCUCUGUGGGAGGCGACGACGACUUCUUCUCUUCCGAUCUACCAGUUUCGACCCUCCAGUCCACAUUCGGUAAACUGGACAAGCCGACGUUGAUUCUGAUAUCAGAGAAAGACGAGAUGGUCCCCCCGACCGUGGACAAGGAAGCCCUGCUCAAGAGGUGGAUUGGCACGAUUCCAGAUGGGCUGGCGAGUAAGCAGUGUCAGAUUAUUCUGUUCGAUGCUGACCAUGAGCUCUCUGGUGAUGAAGCAAUGCGGCACUUCAUCGAGACGGUUGUCAAAUUUCUCGAGGGAAUUGAUGCGGUAUCAGUUGGACAAUCAUGA